AACCUCAUAAGUCGUCCUAAAGUCAAAAUCAAGUUAAAUAGAGAGCUCUCUAUAUAAUAAUAAAAAUACCAAAUAAAUUAGUUCUGUGUUAAUAUCAAAACCUUUCUAAUUUGGACAAUAUAUUUAAAAUUCAAUUGAAGUGCAAUUUUCUGAAUUAAAAAUAUCAGCGGCUAUUUAUUAAAAAAUAAAAGGAUAACAAAUACCACACCAACAACAACAAAAACAAUAUUAAAGCGCGCAUACAACAAUGUUACUAUAUAGUGUUUAAAAAAAAAAAAAUAUGAAGAAACUAAAACAUGCAACCAACCCCCAAAUAUAAUAAUUUAAAAAAAUAUAUUUAAUUCAUAAUUAAUAAAAAAUUGAAAUAAAAACUAAAUUUAUUAUAAUAAAAAAAUAAUUUAUUUAAGUUAUUGAUAACAAUAAUAAUAACAAAAAAAAAAAAACUAUUAAUAAUAAAAUAUAUAAAAGUAGUGCACCAGAGAAAGGCCUUAUGAAAUAUGAAUAAAUGAAAUUAAAAUAAAAUUAAAAUAAAAAAAAAAUACAAGAACGCUACAAUUAAAAAAAAUAUAUAAUUUUUUAGCGAUCCCCACUAAUAUUGUAAUCUACUACAAAAUAUUAUUAUAUAAGCAUAUGUGUGCAGUUAAUAUAUACAUUAAUAACAACAUAAUUUUUGCCUUUAUAAAAAUUAAAAAAAAAAGUAUUGAAUUGUAUAUAUGAAACAUUUAAACUAAAAUUAAAAACAAAAACAAACGAAGCUUUAAAUUGUAAAAUAAAAUUAUAAAUUUAAUUAUAUAAAAAAAACUGAAAUAUUUUAAAUUUUAUUAAAAAAAAAACAAAAAAAAAAAUAAAAAAUUAUAUAAAUAUAUCGCCCGGAAACUCUUAACAAAUCUCCUUCAAAUCCUGAACCCGCCAGCGACGUUAUCACUUUACCCAUUAACUGUUUGUUUUUUCAUUUACAAAAAUAAUCUCAAUCGAAAAUUAUAUAAAAAAUAAAUUAAAUUUUUAGUCUGUUUAACUAUUAUAUUAUAUACGGAAAACAAAAACAAGAAAUAAAAAAAAUCACCAAAUUAUACACAAUCUCUCUUAAGUAAAUUAACAAAAAUUAAAUUAAAUAUUAAAGCAAAUAUUUAAAGAAAAUUCUAAAUAAAAAAUCAUUUAAUAAAACUAAAGAAAAACUCUUUAAAAUCAAAACUUUAGUAUAUAAGAAUUUAAUAAAGAACUCAUAAUAUAAUAUAUAGCAAUUAUAUAUAUAUAUAUAUAUAUAAAAGUAUAUAUUAAAUAAUUUUCCCCCCUUUUAAUAAAUUAUAAAUUACACAACAUCCUAUACAAACUAUAAAAAAUUAUUAAUAUACUACUGCAACUAAUAAUAUAUUAAAUAUACUAAAAACUAUUAUAUUAUUAUAAAAUUAAAAUUAUAAUAAUAAGAAAAAUAUUAUAAUUUAUUAAAAAACAAAAAAAAAAAAAAUAAUCAAUUAUGAUUGAUCCAAGUUCAAGUGAAGAGGAAAGUGAUGAAGAUCAUCAUCAAGCAAAAGGUGGUGGUGGUCGUGGUGGAUCAUCACAAAAUGCCACAUCACAAAAGACACAAAAAUCAUCAGCUACCGGUAGUAGUGGUGGUGGUUCAAAAAUUAUUGGUAAUUCAAUUGGACCACAAUUUGGACAAACUGGUCCUGGUAAUACCGGUAGUAUCGGUAAUUCAAUUGGUGAUCCUGGUAUUGGUGGUCCAGCUAGUGGUGGUACACCACAUCAUAUACCAGCUGGUGCUGUACCAGCAAUUGGUGGUAGCACUGGUCAACCAAUAUUGGCACCAUCAUUACAACAACAUAAAGAAUUUGGACAACAUUUACAUGCCGGUAGUGAUACAUCCGGUAGCCUUGAAGUGCCCAACAACGCAACAAUGCCCAGUGGUCUAUCACAGGAAACAUUAAGUCAAAGUGUCGGGUCAUCCAGAGCAAAUUCAUUACCUCGACCACAUUCACCUUCUCCGUCCGUAGCAAGCGAUAAGAAUGAGGGUGAUAUACAGGAAAAGCAUGAACGUGAAGAAGAAGAACGUAAACGACGUAUUCAACUGUACGUUUUUGUAUCCCGUUGUGUAUCAUACCCAUUUAAUGCUAAACAACCGACAGAUAUGACAAAAAGACAAAUAAAAAUAACAAAACACCAAUUAGAAGCUAUAACUUCCAGAUUUCAGGCGUUCCUUAAGGGUGAAACCCAAAUAAUGGCCGAUGAAGCAUUUCAAAAUGCUGUUCAAAGUUAUCAUGAUGUAUUUUUAAAAUCAGAACGUGUUACAAAAAUGGUACAAUCCGGUGCAUGUUCUCAACAUGAUUUUAGAGAAGUAUUUCGCAAUAAUAUAGAAAAACGUGUUAGAUCACUACCAGAAAUUGAUGGUUUAAGUAAAGAAACUGUUUUAACAUCAUGGAUGGCCAAAUUUGAUUGUAUAUUAAAAGGCACUGGUGACGAAGACACCAAACGUCCUUCUAGAAUGCAACAAUCAUUAAAUAGUGAAUUAAUAUUAUCAAAGGAGCAAUUAUAUGAUAUGUUUCAACAGAUUUUAGGUGUUAAAAAAUUUGAACACCAAAUUUUAUUUAAUGCCUUAAUGCUUGAUUCAGCUGAUGAACAAGCAGCAGCAAUACGUCGCGAAUUAGAUGGUAGAAUGCAACGUGUUAGUGAAAUGGAAAAAAAUCGUAAAUUAAUGCCAAAAUUUGUAUUAAAAGAAAUGGAAUCACUUUAUAUUGAAGAAUUAAAAUCAUCAAUUAAUUUAUUAAUGGCUAAUUUAGAAUCAUUACCAGUAUCAAAAGGCUCAAUGGAUUCAAAAUAUGGAUUACAAAAGCUGAAACGUUAUAAUCACAGGUGUAAUUCAUUAAUGAAAGUUUGCACUCCGUCGUUUCUGAAAAUGAUUUUAAGAUCACAAGGAUCAUUAGCAAAAUUAGAUGGUGAUUCAGCUGAUAAUGAUACCCAAUUAUCAAAAUUAGAUGUUGUAUUAACUUUUCAAUUGGAAGUAAUUGUUAUGGAAGUAAAAGGUUUAAAAUCAUUAGCACCAAAUCGUAUCGUUUAUUGUACGAUGGAAGUUGAAAAUGGUGAAAAAUUACAAACAGAUCAAGCUGAAGCAUCAAAACCAAUGUGGGAUACACAAGGCGAUUUUACAACAACACAUCCGUUACCAGUUGUUAAAGUUAAAUUAUAUACAGAAAAUCCUGGAAUGUUAGCUUUAGAAGAUAAGGAAUUAGGAAAAGUAAUAUUAAGACCAACACCACUUUCUUCGAAGUCACCAGAAUGGCAUCGAAUGACUGUACCAAAAAAUCUUCCAGAUCAAGAUUUACGAAUAAAAAUAGCAUGUAGAAUGGAUAAACCAUUAAAUAUGAAACAUUGUGGUCAUUUAUUUGCAAUCGGAAAAUCAGUAUGGAAGAAAUGGAAAAAACGUUAUUUUGUAUUAGUUCAAGUUUCACAAUAUACUUUUGCAAUGUGUAGUUAUAAAGAAAAAAAGUCUGAACCAUCAGAAAUGAUGCAAUUAGAUGGAUAUACAGUUGAUUAUAUCGAAGCGGCUAGUGCGAACUUAAUGUUUGGAAUUGAUUUAGAAGGUGGUCGAUAUUUUUUUAAUGCAGUUAGAGAAGGCGAUAGCAUAUUAUUUGCGUGUGAUGAUGAAAAUGAAUGUAGCUUAUGGGUGAUGGCUAUGUAUCGUGCUACUGGUCAAUCACAUAAACCUACACCGCCUGUAACACAAGAUAAAAAUUCGACAAUGUCAAAAAUUCAAGGAGACGCUGAUAAAGCACGAAAACAUGGUAUGGAAGAUUUUAUAAGUGCCGAUCCCUGUACUUUUGAUCAUGCUUCUCUUUUUAAGACUUUACAAAAUUUAACACUCGAAUAUCGUCUAAAUGAUCCUUAUGCAUCACUGGGUUGGUUUAGUCCCGGUCAAGUUUUUGUUUUGGAUGAAUAUUGUGCACGUUAUGGUGUUAGAGGUUGUUAUAGACAUUUAUGUUAUUUAUCAGAUCUAUUAGAUCGGGCUGAAAAAAAUCUAAUGAUAGAUCCAACUUUAAUACAUUAUUCGUUUGCGUUUUGUGCAAGCCAUGUACAUGGGAAUAGGCCUGAUGGUGUUGGUAGUAUAACACAUGAAGAAAAAGAAAAAUUUCAAGAAAUUAAAGAACGUCUUCGUGUUUUAUUGGAAUAUCAAAUAACAAAUUUUCGUUUCUGUUUUCCAUUUGGUAGACCAGAAGGUGCUUUAAAAGCAACAUUAUCAUUAUUAGAACGUGUAUUAAUGAAAGAUAUAGUAACACCUGUACCACCUGAAGAAGUUAGAUCAAUGAUUAAAAAAAGUUUAGAAACAGCAGCUUUAGUAAAUUAUACACGAUUAUCAUCUGAAGCAAAAAUUGAAGAGGAUCUUCGAGGUGAAAUAAUUGUUCCACCAGCAAAAAAAUUAGAAGAUUUAAUACAUUUAGCUGAAUUAUGUGUUGAUUUAUUACAACAAAAUGAAGAACAUUAUGCUGAGUUAAAAAAAUGUGAUCCAGCAUAUCAAGAAAAAGCAAAUAAAGCGAAUGAGCAGGGUGGUGGAACUGGUGGUGGUGAUUCAAAUGCUAAAACUGGUGAUGGUACUACUGGUGGUAAUACAAAUGAUCCAAAUAAUCAAACAGGUGGUGGUGGUGAUAAACAAAAUGUACAAAAUGGUGGUGAUGGCAGUGGGAGUGGUGAUGCUGCUGGUACUGGCGAUACACAAAAUAAUGCUAAAAAUGGUAGUAAUGUUGUAAGUAGCGCAAGUGGUGUUGUUGCAACAGUUACAAGUGCUGCUAGCGCACUACUAUCAGCAUCAACAAAUGAAAAUAAAAGCGGUGGUUCAUCAAAAGAUAAAAAAGAUAAAAAGAAUGAAGGAGAAAAAUCACCGGCACCAUAUCGCUAUUGUAUGCCAACGCAUGCCGUCUACACUGCCCCUGUUCCAACGGCAUUUGCAUGGUUCAGUGACUUGCUUGUAGAACAUGCGGAAAUAUUUUGGUCAUUAUUUGCUGUUGAUAUGGAUCGUGUUUUGUCGGAACAACCACCAGAUACAUGGGAUUCAUUCCCAUUAUUCCAAAUAUUAAAUGAUUAUCUAAGAACUGAUGAUAAUUUGAAAAAUGGAAGAUUUCAUCAACACUUGCGUGAUACAUUUGCUCCUCUUGUAGUUAGAUAUGUUGAUUUGAUGGAAUCAUCGAUAGCACAAUCAAUACAUAAAGGUUUUGAAAAAGAACGAUGGGAAAGCAAAGGAAAUGGUUGUGCAACAUCUGAAGAUCUAUUUUGGAAAUUAGAUGCCUUACAAUCAUUUAUACGUGAUUUACAUUGGCCAGAUGCUGAAUUUCGCCAGCAUUUGGAGCAACGCCUUAAAUUAAUGGCAUGUGAAAUGAUUGAAUCAUGUAUUCAACGUACUGAUUCAGCAUUUCAAUCAUGGGCGAAAAAGGGAAUUGCAUUCAUAUCGACUGAUUAUAUUAUACCAUCUGAAAUGUGUACCAUGACAAAUGUGAUAUUAGAUGCUAAAAAUCAAAGUUUUAAACUUUGUACUGUAGAUGGUGUUGAUGUGUACAAAUAUCAUGCCAAAGUUGACGAUCAAAUUGAUAAAACCCUAGCGAAUAUGAACCAAGGUUUAAUUGGUAAAUUAAUGUCUGUAUUAGAGGCCUCAUUAUCAAAAUUAUCACGUUAUGAUGAGGGUAGUUUAAUUGGUUCAAUAUUAAGUUUUACGAAUGUAUCAGGUUCGGGUAAAGAUUUAGGCCAAGGUUAUGUUAAUUUUGCUAGAAAUAAUAUGGAUCAAAUACGUGGUAAAAUUAGCGAUGAUUUAUGGAUUAUUAAUUUCUUUGAAGUUUGGUAUACACAACAAAUAAACAUGCUAUGUAAUUGGUUAUCAGAACGUUUGGAUCAUUCAUUGCAUUUUUAUCAAUGCACAUGUCUAUCACAUAUUGUUAAGAAAAUAUAUUCGGAUUUUGAACUCCAAGGUGUUAUUGAUGAAAAAUUAAAUUCAAAAGCGUAUCAAACUGUUGCACAAAGAAUGGCAACUGAAGAAGCAACUUGUGCUUUAACAAUGCCAGAUCAAGAUGGUGAAGAAAAUUUGGAAGGAAUAGAAGAAGGUGAAGAAGGUGCUGCACCAAAACCAAAACCGACUGCUGCAACCGCAUUGCCAUUACCAAUUGGUGAGGACGGCAAUGUUGUCACCAAUAUUAGUAAUGUUACAAAUAUGGUAGCUGGUCGGGUUGGUAAUUUAUUUGGCAAAGGAAUCGGUGGUCUUAGCUCAAAACUCGGAGGAGGCGGCUGGUUCUAACAAUAUGCUUAUUUUAUAUAUAAUAUAAUAUACUAUAAAUAUAUAUAAAUAUAUAUAACAAUAAUAAUAAUAAAUUUUUUCAAAAUAAUUUAAAUUAAAACUUGAUAAUGUAUAAAAACAAAAAAUUAAAAUAUAUAUAUAUAUAAAUUAGAAAAAAAAUAAUAAUUAAAAAACAAAAAAAACCAAAAAAAAAGAAACGCAACUACACACAUAUAAAAUAUAAAUUUACAUAAUUAAUAUAUAUGCAUAUAUAUUAUAAUAUAUAUGUAAUAUAUAUGAAUGUAUAUUUAUGUAUAUGUAUAUACAUAUAAAAAUAUAUAAUAAAAAACAAUAAACAUAAUUAUAAUAUAAAAACACAAAUU